UUACAUCUACAUGCUACAUCUCUGUCCGUCCGUAUUCAAUGAAUAAGUUUGGAUACAACUUAACAGCAAAUAAUGUCUUUCAUAAUGCAGAACAUUGUCGUCUUCGGUGGGCUGAAAACGUACUUAAGGUAGCCCACACAUCGCAAAAAGAACAUAGUUGCCCGAUACAGCUCACAAGUUCAUCUUGUAGGCUAGAACUGAAAAUGGGCGUGUAGCUAGUCUUGAAAUCCCAUGUGUAACAUGGUAGUGGUAGCCAUUUUCAUUUGUAAUACGUCCGGCCAGCAAGCCUACAAAAGAAACGACAUAUAAGGAGAUAAAGGGGUUCACAGUACCAUCAUGUCUGAUACCGAGCAGCAAUUCAUGGAAACCUCCGAAAAUGGCCACGAAGAGGAGGAGGACCUGAACGGAGCUGAGACUACGGAACAGACCGAAGCCGUUGCCGAGGAAGAAGAAGAAGAAGAAGCAGAAGAUGCAGAAGAAGCAGAAGCGGAGGCAGAUGCAGAUGCAGAUGUAGAGGCAGAGGCAGAGGCAGAUGUAGAACCAGAGGCAGAGAUAGAGGCAGAGGCAGGGACAGAAGAGGCCGAACCGGAGGGUGAGGGCGAGGGCGAGGGUGAGGGGGAAACAGAAGCCGAAGCCGAAGCGGAGGACGCGACGGCGGAGGGGGACUCGCAGAACGGUGCUGCGGAGGGAGGCCAGAUCAACGCAAGCAAGAGCGAGGAAGAUGCGGGGAAAAUGUUUGUUGGUGGACUUAGCUGGGACACCAGUAAGAAGGAUCUUAAAGACUACUUCUCAAAGUUCGGUGAAGUCACAGAUUGCACCAUAAAGAUGGACCCCAACACCGGGAGGUCAAGAGGCUUUGGGUUUAUUCUCUUCAAAGAGGCCGCCAGUGUAGAGAAGGUACUCGAACAGAAGGAACACAGGCUAGACGGACGGCAAAUUGACCCAAAGAAGGCUAUGGCAAUGAAAAAAGAACCAGUCAAGAAAAUAUUUGUAGGUGGUCUGAACCCUGAAACAACAGAGGAAAAAAUCCGGGAGUAUUUUGGAACCUUUGGAGAGAUUGAAUCCAUUGAGCUUCCAAUGGACCCAAAAACAAACAAGAGGAGGGGGUUUGUCUUCAUAACAUUCAAAGAAGAAUCUCCUGUCAAAAAAGUUCUUGAAAAGAAAUACCAUAACGUUAGUGGAAGCAAGGUAACAAACGGAAAAGAUGGCCUUUGUGAGAUAAAAAUCGCCCAGCCCAAGGAGGUGUAUCAGCAGCAGCAGUUUGGCGGCCGCGGAGGUGGCUACGGAAGAGGGAGGGGUCGUGGCAGCCAGAACCAGAACUGGAACCAGGGCUACAACAAUUACUGGAAUCAGGGCUAUGGUAACCAAGGCUACGGUUACGGUGGCCAGCAGGGAUACGGCGGCUACGGCGGCUACGGAAACUACGACUACUCCGCGGGUUACUAUGGCUACGGCGGCGGAUACGACUACAACCAGGGCAAUACAAGCUAUGGGAAAACUCCGAGACGUGGAGGCCACCAGAGUAGCUACAAGCCAUACUGAUCACAUGUAGUGCAGGACUAAAGUAAUUAAGAGCAAGAGCCUGAGGUCCAGCUACAUCGAACGCGGGGGUCUGACUAUCCUUUGGAGUUGGCAGAAUUAGACUCGUUGCCCCCAUUUGUACAGAUCAAGUGAGGAUAUGGGGAAGCAAAUGUCACUUUUCCACUUUUUAUUUUAUAUUGUUUUUUUUUUUGUGUCCAUACACAUUUCCAGAGAUGGAAGUGUUAUUUUUACUGUACUUUUUGGUACCUUUGAAUCUAAUGUAUUGUAAGGUUGUAUUUUACAUGUCUACCACAGACGAGAUCGGAGCAGCCAAGUGCUCUGGAAAUAAAAACGAUGAAUUUUUUUUUCUUUAUUUUUUUUUUCCUUUGGUGUUUCUAGACUUUUAGUUUUCAUUUCCUUUUCUCCUUGUGCCGAGCGUCUGCAAGUUGCAUGGCAACAGACCUGUGGGGACUGGGUAAGAUUUAAAAAAAAAAAAAAAAAAAAAUUAAAAAAAAAAAAAAAGGGAUUAAGACUUAAAUCAAAGAUUUCACUGUACGCUUGUCAAGUGAAUGUCAGCAGUCGACUAGUAGAGGGCAAAUCAGCUUUCCCUUUUCUUUCCUUUUGGCUUUUAAGGAGUUUUACCAAAACUAUUUUUAAAUUUUUUUUGUCUGCAAUUGAAAGUGGCUUUGAUAGCGUUAAACUUAUAACCGUCAGCUAUGUGUAUGCAGGAGGGCACCCCCCCUCUCUCUGGAAACUCAUUCCUCUAGUGUCUUGGGCAAAUUGUUAGAAAUAAACUUUUUGGUUUAUAUUAUA